UAAAAGCGUAUCUAGGUCAAUUGGAAAUCAAUAUUUGCAGAAUAGCAGAGGGCCCGAGUUUGCAAAAUCCCCAAUUUUUUGCAAAAUCCCCAAUUUUUUUUUUGGUUUUUUCCCCGUUUCCGAAUUUCUUGCCGGCGGAAGACUGCCAUGGAUUCAGGCGACCAACAGAUUCCCCGGAAAUCGAAGCGGAGGUUCCAACCAAAACCGCCGACGCCUUCUCUCCGGCCGAUCGUCCCAGCCAUCAUCAACACCGAAGCUGAAGAUGAUGAGGAAGAGAAUAAAAAAGCAGCUCGCCGCUUAGCCAAACGUAUCGGCAUUGGCCAGGGGAGACCCAAGAAGGAAACAAAAGCUUCUUCUUCCUCUGAAGUUGCAUUCCAGUCAGACUUCUCCUCACUUGCGAUAGACUUCCCACUUCUUCUUCUUCUGCUGCUGAUAUGCCUCCUGCUAUUAUUGCUCGAGAAGAUGAAGAUGAGGUUCAUGAUUUGGUUACAAGAAACGAGGAUGGCUACGUUGAACCUUGGGAUUAUAGAAACUCCUACUAUCCUACUGUUCUUCCUUUGAGAAAUCCUAACUCUGGUGAUCCAGAACUUCUUGACCAGGAAGAAUUUGGGGAGUUGGCUAAACACCGUGAAUAUGAUGAGAACAUCAACUCAGCAGAAGAACUUGGUCUGACAUCGGUGCAACACUGCAAAAAACAGAUGUUUUUCUUUAAGUUUCCAGACCGUCUCCCUGUAAUGAAGCAAUCGACAGGAAAAAACACCAAGAGGUCGAUAUCGUCAGAGAGUAGUUCAAUAAGAAGCAACCCUUUUGAAGGUUUACCAGAAGGUUUCAUGGGCAAAAUGCUAGUUUACAAGAGCGGCAAUGUCAAGUUGAAACUUGGAGAUGUUCUCUUCGAUGUCUCUCCAGGUCCAAAUGCAAAAUUUCAUAACGAUGUGGCAGCAAUCAACACCAGAGGGAGGAACUGCUGUGGCAUUGGUUCUUCAGCGAAGCUUGUGACCGUUACUCCCGAUGUUGAGUCUCUUUUGAACACUGCUUCGGACAUGGAAACACACAAGUGAAGGUCGUUCUGUACGGUCCUGUUCAUACAAGGAUGUGAAAAGCGUAGAAUUGACCACUUAGAUUCUGUAGCUAUAAACUAAUCUUCAACCAUGAUCGUAAAAACUCUUCUUGGUGUCUACUUUUGUAGUAAGAGAUUCAGUAAUUGGGGUAAAAGAAAACUCAACAAUUUGAAACAUUCAGAGUUCUUAUUA